AUGACGCGCUCGGAAACGGGUACCCCUGCCACGGGUAGGCUCGGCCAGUCCAAAAAGUUGGACCACGGUGCGGCCGACGCCACCGUACCACCCGCGGCUUCCGACCCGCAAAUCCCCGGGACGUCUCGCGAGUGCCUCACAACCGGCACCAGCGCCGAACAAGUUAAUGUUCCCCUCAGUUUCAGGUCUCGCGCUUCGGGCUCUACGCGAUCAUCGGCCACGAUCAGGGCACGACGAUUGACCGCGGAGGCCCACUUGGCCCGCAAAAGCAUAGAAAGAGAACAAGAGCUCUUUCAACGCGAGCGCGAAAGCCUCGACAACCAACGGAAACUCCUUGAGCAGGUUAAACAGGUAGAACAGCUUGAACUUGAAGCGAAAAUAGCCGCCUUAGAAGCCGAGGAGCGAUCCAAUCACACGUGCCGCCGACAAGAUCAAAUCGAACCAAUAACCGGCUCUGCCACGCUUUUACAAGCUAUUGCCGAUACGGCUGCCGCAGCUAAAGCGCUCGCCGCACGAGACGUGCCAAGAAAAGCUAAAAUUGAGCUUCCAUCUUUCUAUGGCAACUCGUCACAAUGGCUUCAAUUUAAAUACUUGUUUGAUAGUACUAAAACUUCUUAUUCCCCCGCAGAAAAUACGGCGCGUCUACAUAACGCACUCCGCGGGCCCGCCCGGGAGGCCGUCGCCUCUUUACUCAAUACCGCGGCAGCUUCCGAAGACAUAAUGGCAGCACUCGAACGUACAUUUGCUUGUCCCGAAAUGAUUGUCUUCGGCGAAGUUCAGAUUUUGAAAACGCUGCCUCGGCUCGGGCCUGACCUAAAGGAGAUAGGUAUUUUCGCUAAUAAGGUACGCAAUUCUUUGUCUACUAUGAAAUUACUCGGCCUACGAGAAUAUUUACAAUCGCCGGAGCUGUUUCAUAAUAUUCUAGGUAAAUUUAACCCUUUAAUGAAAAUGAGAUGGUCUGAUUAUGCGUCAGAUUUGUCAGAAACGUCAAACCAUCUCAAGUCAAAGUUAGAACUUUUAUCUGAUUUUCUAACGCGCGAACACGAACGCUAUAUUAAAUUCGCUUUAUCACCAGAAGUAGGGCUUUCUACGUCUAUACCGCAACAAUCACGAGUACAUUUUCCAAUGAAUAAACCAUUUAAACGUGAAAAUAUACAUGCCGUUACUCAUGACAAAAAUAAAACAACUGGUAAGAUAGAGUGUGUUUAUUGUAAAAAAUCCCACAAUAUUAAAAACUGUACUGAAUUUACGUCGUUAUCUGUUGACGAUAGGUGGCGUUGGUUGCGUGAACACAAAGUUUGUUAUAGAUGUCUAAAAGACAACUCACACCUAUGGAAAUUAUGCAAAAGCAACCCUUGCGGGGUCGAUGGUUGUACUUUUCGACACAACCCUCUUUUGCACGGUAGGCAGAAUACGUUUACAUCACCGCCUACACCCGAUACACGGAUUAAUAACAUCAUUUGCGUUCCUGCGGCUGAAACAGGUAAUAAGGUGUCAGACAACAAUGUGACUGUGUCUAAUAUAGGUAUAUCGUGUAGCGAACAUAAAACGUCUAAUGAAAUAUGUUCAAAUAUUACAAUGUUGAAGGUUUUACCAGUGACACUGUCAGGGCCAAAUGGCAGCUAUGAAACCUUCGCGUUUCUCGAUGAUGGCAGUACUGCGACUAUGAUCGAUUGUAAAGUGGCUGCUCGCAUAGGUUUAAUAGGACCUGAAGAGUUCAUAACUGUCAAUGGUAUCAUGGGUUUACAAAAAACUACAAAGGUAAGAUACGUUGACUUUUACAUAAGAGGUAAAUAUGAAUCUGAUAUCCAUUUGGUAAAUCGUGCUAAGGCUGUACAAUCGUUAGGCUUGAACGAACAAACUCUAUCUACAGAGACUAUUGAAUCUUAUGCUCACUUAAAAGACCUAGCCGAAUACUUGACAUAUGCUGACGCUACACCAACCGUACUUAUUGGUGCUGAGCAUUGGCAUCUGUCAAUAUGUCGCGAAGUUUGUGAAGGCAGACGUAACGAGCCCGCCGCUUGUCGCACUUUGCUUGGGUGGACUUUGUAUGGACCAACGAGUAGCAAAACCAAGCCAGUCGAGUUCGUCAACCGUUGUCAGUUAGACCGCACUGAACCUUCUGAAAAUGAACGCCUGGAGUCACUGAUAAAGGAGCAAUACAAACUCGACUCGCUCGGUAUCUCUAAGCGCGAGACUCUAUUUAGCAAGCUAGACUCCCGUGCCGUCGAGAUUCUUGACGCUACCACCACACGCUUACCGACCGGUAGAUAUGAAGUAGGUCUUCCGUGGUGUGACAACAUACGGUGUGUUCCCGAUAGCUACCCACAAGCUUUAACAAGAUUUCUAAGCCUCGAAAGGCGAAUGAUUCGUGAGCCCGCCUUCGCUGACGCGUAUAAAAAGUUUAUUGAUAACAUGAUUGCUAAAAAUUAUGCUGAGGAGUGCAAUUCCGGCACUUAUUACAAUCAUCUUAUCACUAAAAGCGUCAACACCAGCAUUGAUCUCAAACGCGAUACCAAUUUAGGCGAUUAUCCAAAUAAAAUUCACAUCUUAUCUGAUAAUUUACAACCUAGUACAGUCAGUCCGAAUAAAGCAGAAACAAAUUUUGACAUUAAGCUGUCAAGUCCCUCGUUCCUUCUCGAUCCACCGGAGAAUUGGCCUGUUGAACCAGCUGGUCAGCCUAUAGUCCAGGAAGAGCGGAAGCAGACUUCUGGACUUGUGGUUGGUCAUCUGGAAAUCACCGCGGAUUUCAGUCGUUUUAGUGACUGGCUACGAUUACUUCGUGCUACUGCUCGCGUUUUGCAAGCUGCGUCUAAAUUUCGCUCGGCUUUAGAUCGCGUAGGUCGCGUUGCUCCUAGCACCGAUGUUAGGCUUCGUCAACGUACGAAUACACCUACGUCCACCACUCUAAUCCCCCUGACAGCGGAACUUAUGGAAGCCGCAGAAAGGCACGUACUGAAGAAAGUACAGUCUGAAUCAUUUAGUGACGAAAUCCCAAUAAUAGAACGUGGAGAAUUGGUACCAAAGAGUAGUCGCCUGGCGAAGCUUUCUCCCAGAAUGGGGCCAGACAACUUGUUGCACCUAGCUGGCAGAAUCGUUGCUGUACGAGACGUCGGUUCCGAGAUCAAGUUUCCAAUCAUUCUAGAUGGACGACACCCAGUAGUGCGCUUAUUGGUCAAUUUCUACCAUCGCAAGGCUGGACAUGCAAACAAUGAAAUGGUGGUCAAUGAGGUUCGACAAAAAUAUUGGCUUCUUCAUCUGCGCAGUACUGUUCGAAGCGUCACCAGCAAAUGUUUGUUCUGUCGCAUCAAAAGAGCAAAGCCAAUGAAUCCGAUGACCGGUAACCUUCCCCCUCAGCGGCUUGCCCAUCACCGUCGCCCAUUCACGUACACUGGCUUGGAUUAUUUCGGCCCGAUAAAUUCCAAGAUCGGUCGAAGACAAGAGAAACGUUAUGUGGCCCUGUACACCUGCAUGACAUCCAGAGCCGUUCACCUGGAGCUUGUACAUUCCCUUUCUGCUGACUCCGCAAUAAUGAGCCUGCGACGGUUUAUUGCUAGGAGAGGCGCUCCCAAUACUGUAUAUUCUGACAACGGUACAUGUUUUGUUGGUGCAGACCGAAUUUUACGAGAAUUUCAUCAGUACGAGGUCUACGAUUUUGCUGCCAAUAGAGGAAUAAAAUGGAGCUUCAUUCCUGCCGCUUCUCCUUUUUUCGGCGGAUGCUGGGAGAGACUGAUUCGCACCGUCAAAGUCGCGCUGAAUGCCACAUUACGUGAAAGAGAACCUAAUCCCGAAGUCCUAGUAACUCUCCUUCUAGAAGCGGAGGCAAUAGUAAACUCUCGACCUCUGACCCAUGUCCCUGUUGGCCCUGAAGACCAGGAAACCCUAACGCCCUUCCACUUUUUAAUUGGCUCAUCCUCUAACCAGGUUCUGCCCGCAACCCUUGACGACAGAGACCUCAUAAGACGUGCUGACUGGAGGAAGGCGUUGAGACUGGCCGACCAUUUUUGGAACCGAUGGGUAAAAGAAAUUCUGCCAACCAUGCAACCUCGCCAGAUAGCGGAGAACAGAGAGCACGACUUGACUAUUGGCGACUUAGUCAUCGUUGUAGACCAGAACCUACCCCGAGGAACCUGGCCACGCGGCCGCGUCGUUGCUACAUUCCCUGGCAGAGACGGAGUGGUCAGGGUGGUGGACGUAGCCACAUCAGGUGGAAUUCUUCGUCGACCUUCUAAAAAAUUGGUCAGAUUAGAGGCAUAA